ACAAAACAAAACAAAAAUAAAGAGGCAGACGCUUCUUCCAAAAUCGGUGAAAGAGAUGAUCACUCAGUUAUUGGUGAUGGUAUGUGUUGCAUCCUUUCACUCAUAGAAGGAUGUCCAUGGGUUCAAAAUAUGGGUAUUAAUGGUCACUAUCCAUAGGCGAAAACGAUGUACGAAAUGACGUUGUUCUAUUGUUUAUGCCUGUGUUUUGUCCAUUUGGUGAGGGGCAUGGAUAUGGGACCGGAGAAUUCUAUAGCAUCGGAAAAUAGCUCAUCUAUGUGGUUCGAAGAUCUGAUUUCACAUGGAUUAAAUGAUAAACAGUAUCAAACGUGGAUUUUGUCGAUCCUUGCAUCCUGUGUUGUUGGGCUCUCAGGGAUUGUGCCGCUUAUUUUUGUUCCUAUUGACGCUGGAACCAAAAUCAAUGAGCAAGGUGGAAGCAAGUUCCUGCGUUUGUUACUCAGUUUCGCCGUUGGGGGUCUCCUGGGUGACGUCUUUCUUCAUUUGUUGCCAGAAGCAUGGAAUCACAUCGAAAGUUUGGGUCCAGAAGUUCAUUCCAGUCACAUCACACUCGGACUCUGGGUACUUUUAGGAAUGUUUUCCUUCGUCAUUCUAGAACUCAUGUUUGCUGCAUCUCACGACAACAAAGAAGUGCGGAGGACGAGUAUUUCCCAUGCGUAUACAGGUGAGAAACAGCAACAAUUGAAUGGCAGUGCUUCAUGCAACGGUCACUCUAUGUAUCACGAAACAUACGCACAGCAAUUAAAACCAAAGUUGGAACAGAAUGGUUCCUCGAAGUCGAACAGCAAUGGAUGCAUCAUCAAAGAACCCAUCAAAGUGAUACAGAAUAUUCAUAUUGCUGGUUACUUAAACUUGAUGGCCAACAGUAUAGACAAUUUCACUCAUGGUUUAGCAGUAGCAGGAAGUUUCUUAGUGGGAAUAAAGAUGGGAGUUCUCACAACUUUUGCAAUCCUAAUUCAUGAAAUUCCCCAUGAAAUAGGUGAUUUUGCAAUCUUACUCAAAUCAGGGUUCAAUCCUUGGAAUGCUGCCAAAGCUCAAAUAUCGACAGCUACUAUUGGUAUACUUGGAGCUGUUGUAGCUUUAUCUUCAGAGUCAGAAGAUAAAUUAGGCACGUGCACAGCGUGGAUAUUGCCAUUUACCUCUGGAGGUUUUCUAAACAUAGCUUUGGUGAAUGUUUUGCCAGAUAUCAUGAAAGAAAAAGAUCCAUGGGAAUCGAUGAAGCAAAUGGCCUGUUUGUGCGGAGGUAUCGGAGUGAUGGGCUUAAUUAAUUUGCUAGUACACUAGUCAACAGCUGUGAUUGAAAAGAAAAGCAGCUGUCAGAAUAUCAUUUGGAACAUCUUCUGUUUCAAGAGGUUCAAAUAUUCAACAGAUUUAAAUCUGAGGGCAACUAAAUUUUUUUUAUUGUUUUUUUUUAAAACAUAUCAUUUAAUGUGAUUUUUUAUCAUAUUUGUUUAAAAUAAAUUGAAUGAGGUUAUAAUUCUAUCCAAAAUAUAAUCUAAUU